AUGUGCUGUGUUCCAUUGUUUUUAACAUCAGUUCGUAGUUCAACAUCUCGACUUUUUGCCCAACGUAAGGCAAUAACAGAAGAGCCUACCGAAGAAAUUCCUAAGAGAUUUGCUUCUACGGAAGGCCGAUUCAGUAUCAUCGAUGAGCAUUCAAAGGACAGCGAGAGUGACUCGGACACUGAUGCUCCACUACCGAACUUUCAACAACAACGUUACCUUCAACCCAACUUUUCGAAAUCUGUUGAUUAUUCCCACACGCAGGGAGCGAUGGCAGCAUCUCGAUUUAGGAUUGUUCCGGUUGAAAGCAAAUAUAAGCGAGGUCGAUGGAAUUGUUUUGAUUAUUAUGAAAAAGAUGCCAUUUGCUCAAAAAGUCCUAAAAUGUCGUGUCCAGGACCUUCGCCAUUCAAACCGGUUACUCCCAAAAAUGAUCGAUCCGUGCGCUCAUUGACAGAAAUGGCUCCACCAGCUACAGCUCCAGCUACUCAGCAAGUUACUUUCAAUUUCGACAUAUCAAGUGAUAGUGAUAGAGAAAAUUCUGAACCAAAUUUUUCCCAAUCUCAACGUGGAUUUAUGAACGGAGAUUCGAAACUUAUCAUAGAACCUCCGUGUAACAAGCCUAGUGUACUUAACACAAUGACAAUCACUUCUAGCAACAGUAAAAACAUUCCAUCCUCUCAAACUGAAUUAUCUGAGGGACGUAUGACUCCUACUGAAAUUCUGCAGAAUGGACUUGAGACAACACUGAAAACUUCAGAAAUUAAAAUUGAAUCGGAGGAAGAAUUACAAACAACAAGCACAUCAUCCAACAACAAUGGUACAUCUCCAGCAUUAGUUGCAAUUGAUUCCAAAAUUGAACAAGCUAUGGACCUGGUCAAAACUCAUCUAAUGUUUGCUGUACGAGAAGAAGUUGAAGUUUUAAGGAGCAAAAUUGUUGAUUUGGAAACUCAUAUUCAUCAUUUGGAGACAGAAAAUUCAAUUCUUAAAGAUCACAUUCCGGACGAUUUACUGAAGAACUUGAAUUUGGGCAAGAAUUGUGUUGAUGCUUUCAAAGUUGCAUAUGUUGGUCGUGUGUCAUGUGAAUAUGAGGAGCAAUGUGCAGCAGAUGCUUAUCUGGCUCAAUGUUUCUACGAAGGUUUGAUUGAUGCUGGAGUUAAUGCUAAUGGAAUGAUUCCAAACAAAAACAUUUCUUUUGUUUUUCUGGAUCCAUAUGAUAUCCUAAAGAAUACGACAGCCGUUUCUUCUGGCAAUUUUGGCGUUGUCAAUUCAGGACAAAGCACAAAUUCGUUUAGAACUGCUUUGCGCGUGUUACUAGAUGAAACUGCUGCUGAUCCAUUGAUAAGUUUAGUUGGCUAUGCUGAAGACUGUCGAGCUGUGGCUACUUUAGCUGAUACAUACGAUAAAGCAGCAGUAAUCAAUGCUUGUAGCGAACCGAUCGGAGAAUCUGUUAUUCCUUUGCAACGAACUAUUCACUUUGAUAGAUCUCUCGGAAUGCUCUACCGUGCUGUUGCUCAUUUUCUUCAACACAAUAAUAUAAAAUACGUUCAUGUUGUUAACAUGGUUCAAAGUACUUAUGAUAUGUAUCCUUCUCUACUUCUGGAUGCAUUAGGCUCUUAUAACAUUCAAGUCGGAAGUUAUGAGAAGAAUAUAUUUGCAUAUAACAGCGCAUAUUUUCCAUUUGAAAGUGCUAUCCAGUAUGUUUUAUCAACAUAUCUCCGUACAAGAAUUUAUGUGUGCAUGGGACAUUUCGAUACACUUGCAUUGGCUUAUGGACUGGAUAAACUGGGAUUAUUGGAAUCUGGAAAAUAUCUCAUCAUUAAUGUUAACCAUUUUGAGUUUCAAGACGAUCUAUCUUCUAGAUGGACAACGGCACGAAGAGAAAGGUUCACUCUUUCCAUUAAUCAAAUGGCAUGGCUCAACCGACAUGUUAUGUAUUUCACAUAUUCUCCAUACUGGCCUGCUCUAUCAGAUAACCAAGAUUUCCUUAAUCUACAACAACGGUUGACUAAUAGCUUCAAAAAACCAUUGUGCCCACCAUUCUGCAAUCGUGAUAAUACUAAAAUGUCCAAUAUUACAUUGGGUUCUUAUUUACGAUACGAUCAAUGGAUAACUGCUUAUGAUUCUGGAAAACUUUUAGGCGAAACACUACAGAGUAUGACAGCAACUAACAAUGCGUCAGAGAUAAUUGACAGCAUGAGACAAAAAAGUUAUCGGAGCUUGAUGAACUACGACACAUUUUUCGAUGAAGCCGGAAUAUCUCAAAAACAGAUUAGUAUUUGGGGUUACUUGGAGAGCGGAACAGAUGUUACAUUCAAUAACUUCAUGUUAAAAAUUGGACAGAUGACCCCACUCAAGAACGGAUCAUUUGAUAUUGUGCUCAAUAUGAAUGAGUCACAUAUUUACUUGAAAGAAAUGCCAAAAGAUAGACCAGAAUGUGGCUUUAAUAACGAGAAUUGCAUGAGACAGAGUGGCUUGGGAACAACGGAGAUCAUAGUCAUUGUCAUCAGUUCUAUUUUGGCUCUCGGAAUGUUAGGAUUUAUGGGAUAUAUUGUGAAAUGGAUUGCCUACGAGCGUCGUCUGGAGUCAUCAUAUUAUUUAUUAACUCGGCGAGAUGUUCUGUUACAAGACCUGAACAAUUUCGGUUCGAGUCGCGCUGGGAGUCUCAUGACAUCCAUGCUGAGCAUCAAGUCGACGCAAUCAGUCAACAUGGAUGUCGCCCCCAUGCCCGGAACAAUGGAGUUCUAUACUACGAAUAUACGCAGAGCUUACAAAAGAAGAAAUAACAACAACGAUAAAGUUGAUGUAAACACUGAUGCAUGGAAAGACAUCGUUGAUUGGCAGUUGGCUAAGUUGGACAAUGUGCUUGUGACAGUACGGAAAGUUCAAAAAGAUAACUUGAAACUUACAAGAGAAAUGAAACGUGAAAUCGACUUGUUGAUGAGUUGUGGUCACGAGAACUUAAACAAGUUUCAUGGUAUAAUCAUCGAACCUGAACUGAUUUUCACUGUUCAUUCUUAUGGACUCCGUAAGAGUCUUAAUGACUUAGUACGGAACCCAGAUUUAAGACUGGAUCGAAUGUUCAAAGUGUCCUUCAUUGAAGAUGUAACGAAAGGAUUAAGAUUCCUUCAUGAUAAAAGUAAAAUUGGUUAUCACGGAAAUCUUAAAAGCACAAAUUGCAUUGUGGAUGCUUAUUGGCGCGUUAAACUUAGUUCUUUUGGUAUGGAAAGAAUAAGAGUGGAUGAGCCCCUACCCCGCCCCGAUGAUAUGCUUUGGUUCGCUCCUGAGAUAAUUCGUAGAAACUGUAAAAAAGAUGAUUUAACAAAAGAAGAACUUGCGAUGGCAGACAUAUACUCUCUCGGUAUUAUUUUGUAUGAAGUCUAUGGUAGAGAAGGUCCUUUCGGAGAUGACUUACUAGAUUCUACAGAAAUUGUGGAACAGUUGAAAAAUGGAUCUACCGAAAAUCAAAUACGCCCGGAUAUAGAAAUUAUUCGCAAAUCCCCAUCAGUUCUGAUUGAAAUGGUGGAAGCUUGUUGGCAGGAAAUUCCCACAGAACGACCAGUUAUCCGAAAAAUACGAGAUCGAUUAAAACCUUUAUCUAAAGGAUUGAAAGGAAAUAUAGCUGAUAAUAUUAUGGAGUUGCUUGACCGAUAUCGUUAUAAUUUGGAAGACGUCAUAAAAGAGAGAACAGAUGAGUUAGAAGAAGAGCGACGACGAAAUGAACGUCUUCUUCUCCAGCUCUUACCUAGCUCGGUUGCUGAUAGUCUCAAAAACGGACGUCCCGUGGAUGCUGAAUUUUAUGAUUGUGUGACCAUAUACUUUUCGGAUAUUGUUGGAUUUACUGCUUUGAGUAGCAAGAGCACACCGAUGCAAGUUGUGAAUAUGCUUAAUGAUCUUUACACGGACUUUGACAAAAUUAUCGACCAGUUCGAUUGCUAUAAAGUUGAAACUAUUGGAGAUGCUUAUAUGUAUGUCUCGGGACUGCCAACCACUAACGGUAUUCACCAUGCUGGUGAAGUAGCUUCGGCUAGUUGGGAGCUACUACAGAAUAUGUCUCUUUUCAAAGUACGACACGCACCAGAAGAACGGUUGAGAAUUCGUAUUGGAUUGCAUUCAGGACCUGUCGUAACAGGAGUUGUUGGGGUAAAAAUGCCUCGGUAUUGUCUUUUUGGAGAUACUGUAAUAACAGCUAGUAAUAUGGAAAGCUCAGGAGAAGCUUUGAAAAUACAAUUAUCUGUUGAUACAUACCGUCUAUUAACUAAAUGUGGGGGAUAUGAAAUGCAACACCGAGGAGAGAUACAACUAGCAUCUAAAAUCAUGAUGGAAAGCUAUUGGUUACAUGCUUAUAAUCCCGAAACACGAAUUGCUAGACUUCAAGCGUCUUCCGAAAAGUUCCCUCAAUUCCAUGAGCUAUUGAAGAAAUCAACAAUGAAAGCGUAA